AUCACAUGGUCGUGUCAUCUGACAAACGACCACCAAAGCAGGAAAUGUGCCGAGAAAACAAUCGAGUAGCACCUUGUAGCCACUAAAUAUCAGCCAUGCAGUGUUUAUGUAAUGGAAUACAUCAUUUAUUAAGGCUGUGGGUGGUCUGUGUGUUUCUUUUCAUAAACAAUGGAUUCGCCGGUAAAAUGAAGAUAGUCGAGGAGCCAAACACAUUUGGGUUGAACAACCCUUUUCUGGCUCAGGGAAGCAGACUGCAGCCUAAAGUGACCCCAUCUCCAGUGUCUGGCCCGGCACAUUUCCAUCGGCUUGCUGGGAAGUGCUUCAGUCUCACAGAGUCGACGUACAAAUAUGAAUUCUGUCCAUUUCACAACAUCACCCAACAUGAGCAGUCAUUUAGAUGGAACGCCUACAGCGGGAUACUGGGGAUCUGGCAGGAGUGGGAAAUGGUAAACAACACUUUCACAGGCAUGUGGAUGAGAGAUGGAGAUGCUUGUGGAACAAAAAACAGAGAAACAAAGGUGAUUUUUGUCUGCAGUGCAAACAGCAAGCUUGCUCAAGUCUCUGAGCCCAGAACUUGUGUAUACUCGCUAACAUUUGAGACCCCGCUUGUUUGUCAUCCACAUUCCCUUUUAGUAUACCCCACGCUGAGUGAGAACCUCCAAAAGGAAUGGGAUGAAGCUGAGCAGGCUCGCUAUGAAGGCCUCAUUACUGAUCAGGGAUACAACAAUCUUUUGAGAGAUAUUUUUGAGGACGCUGGUCUCCUGAAGAGCCAUAAAGUGAGAGUAAAGCCGGCAGAAGUUACAGCCGCUUCAGGAACACACAACUCCUUACAGAAAUGUACAGAGGAUUUCCAAAAGCAAAGAGAUGAGAUCGAGAGACUGCAAGCGCUCCUCACUCAACACAAUAUUCCCUUUGAUUUGAAGCAAAGUGAAGUAAAAGGCACAGUGAGUCCGACAGUUAAGGAUCAGCGCCUACGAGGAGACAUCGGCCUCAUUGAUCUGCAGUGAAAAUCUCUCAGAGCGAGUCACCUUCUCUGUUUAAGAGCACGAGUGGAUUGGAAGAUUUUGUUGAUAACUGUGAACAACACAGACACUUGCUGGAUAUUAUCGCUGUCACUUGUGACGGCACUAUCGCUUGAUUUAAACAAGUGACACUGAGAAAAACUGAACUCAUUUGUGGAUUACCAACUAUCAGACAGAGGAGUCGGGACACUCAUUUUUCAUUAGUAUUGUUAAUGAAGUUCUGUAAAAAUGCAACAUAUUGAGAAAUAAACAUUUUAAAUGAAGUUUGAA